CAAAAGCACUAUUGCUUCCACACUGUGCUUUAGGUUUCUAGCUUUCCCUCUCCCCGUUCUCAAUUUUCACUCUACUUUCUCUCUAAACUACAGUCAAAUUUCAUAAUUUCAUUGUCUUUCGCUGAUGGUGAAACUCUUCAGUAGAGGAGGAAACUCUAACUCUAAUAGCAAUAACCAUGGAAGAGACAUAGAAAUUUCUUCAUCAUCUCAUCAUCAUCAAUUACACAAUCAAAAUUCAUCCUCCACUGCUUUUGUCUCUGGUAUGGGUGCUGCAAGACCGGUUCGUCUUGUGUAUUGUGAUGAAAAUGGAAAGUUUCAAAUCGACCAACAAGCUCUUACUACUCUUCAACUCGUUAAAGUGCCUAUUGGUGUUGUCUCUGUUUGUGGUCGUGCUCGUCAAGGAAAAAGCUUCAUUCUGAAUCAGCUUCUUGGGAGGAGUAGUGGAUUCCAAGUUGCAUCUACCCACCGACCCUGCACUAAAGGGCUUUGGAUGUGGAGUGCACCAAUAAAGAGGACUGCCCUUGAUGGAACUGAAUACAGUCUUAUACUGUUGGAUAGCGAAGGAAUUGACGCAUAUGAUCAAAUGGGAACAUAUAGCACACAAAUAUUUUCCUUGGCUGUCCUCUUAUCAAGCAUGUUUAUCUACAACCAGAUGGGUGGUAUAGACGAGGCUGCACUAGAUCAUCUAUCUCUUGUCACUGAAAUGACUAAGCAUAUCCGCAUUAGGGCCUCUGGAGGAAUGAGUACAGCAUCCGAGCUUGGGCAGUUCUCUCCAACAUUUGUUUGGCUUUUGAGGGACUUCUAUUUAGAAUUGGAAGAGGAUAAUCGAAAGAUAACACCUCGUGAUUACCUAGAGCUUGCUUUAAGUCCGGUGCAAGGUGGUGGAGAAGGUAUAUCUUCCAAAAAUGAGAUUCGGGAGUCCAUCCGGGCACUUUUUCCAGAUCGUGAGUGCUUCACCCUCGUGCGGCCUUUGAACGAUGAAAUGGAGCUCCAGCGACUUGAUCAGAUAUCUAUGGAUAAAUUACGGCCAGAAUUUAUAUCCGGUUUGGAAUCGUUUACAAAUUUUAUUUUUGAGAGAACAAGGCCAAAGCAAAUAGGAUCUGCCACAAUGACAGGCCCCAUUCUUGCUGGUAUCACACAAUCAUUUCUGCAAGCCCUUAAUGAUGGUGCUGUGCCUACAAUAGCAUCUUCAUGGCAGAAUGUUGAAGAAGCAGAAUGUCGGAGGGCAUAUGAUUCAGCUGCUGAAGUCUAUAUGUCUUCCUUUGACCGAUCAAGGCCUGCCGAGGAGGUUUCCUUGGGAGAAGCACAUGAAGAAGCAGUUCAGAAAUCACUAGUUUCUUUUAAUGCAAUCGCCGUGGGGUCUGGCCUUACAAGACAGAAGUAUGAAAAUCUUCUUCGGACUUUCUUCAGAAAGGCAUUUGAGGAUCAUAGAAGGAAUGUUUUCUUGGAGGCAGACUUGAGAUGCACAAGACUCAUACAAGGCAUGGAAAAGAGAUUGAGAGCUACUUGUCACGAUUCCGAUGUUAAAAUAGAUCAUGUCGUAAAGGUUCUUGAUGGUAUGUUAUCUGAGUAUGAAACGUCAGCUCAUGGUCCAGCAAAGUGGCAGAAGCUUGCCACCUUCUUACAGCAGAGCUUGGAGGGUUUAGUAUCUGACCUGGCGAAGAAGCAACUAGAUCAAGCUAGAUCAGACAAGGCUGCACUCUCUUUAAGGUGCCGCUCUAUUGAAGACAAAAUGGGGUUGCUUAACAAGCAAAUUGAAGCAAGUGAGAAGAACAAAUCCGAGUAUCUGCAGCGUUUUGAGGAUGCAAUCAAUGAUAAGAAGAAGCUUACAGAAGAUUAUACAAGAAGCAUAACUAAUUUGCAGAGUCAGUGCAGCACAUUAGAGGAAAGAUAUUCGAGCUUGCUGAAAGCUGUGGAAUCUGCGAAGAGGGAUUCCUUCGAAUGGAAACGAAAGUACGAACAAGUAACUUCGAAGAAGAAAGCAGAAGUAGACCAGGUCAAUGCUGAGAUUUCAGCCCUUCUUUCCAGAAUUAGUUCUGCUGAAGCUAGGCUAGCUGCUGCUCGCGAGCAAAUUCAUUCUGCUGAGGAGGAAGCUAUGGAGUGGAAAAGGAAGUUUGAUUUCACUAGUCAGGAAACCAAAGCAGCUUUGGACAAGGCAGCAACCGCACAGGAACGUGUAAACACCCACGUAAGACUAAAAGAAGAUGUUGUUAGAGCAAAAUUCACUGCCAGUUUGUCAGCAAAGGAUGAGGAAAUCAUGGAUAAGGCAGCAAAACUUGAGUAUGCAGAAAAGCGUUUGACAACUGCAAGUUUAGAGUUGCAGGCUGCAGAAUCAAAACUGAAGAGCUAUGAAAUGGAGCUUUCCCCUCAAAAGCUAGAAAUCAAAGAGUUGAGAGAGAAAUUAGAAUCUGCCAAGGUUGCUGCUCAAUCAUUUGAAAGAAAUGCCAGGGUGUUGGAACAAGAAAAGAUAUACCUGGAGCAAAAAUACCUACCUGAGCUCAAAAGGUUUGAGGAAGCACAAGAAAGGUGCAGAGUCGCUGAAAAGGAUGCCAAAAGAGCUACCGAGCUAGCUGAUACAGAAUGCAAAACUGCAGUAAUCGCUCUAAGGGAGAAAAAUGAGGUUCAGCGAUUGGCAAUGGAAAGGGUAGCCCAUAUUGAGAGGCAAGAAAGGCGACUUGAAGGUUUGAAGAGACAGAAAGCUGACCUUUUGAGGGAAAUACAAUUUAUCCGUGAAUCAGAAAUGGAUGCUGUUGCGAAAGUCGGUCAACUGGAAGCCAGGGUCGAAGAGAGAGAACAAGAGAUCGAUUCGUUAUUAAAAUCUAAUAAUGAACAAAGGGUGAACACUGUGCAAGUCCUUGAGAAUCUUCUCAAGGCCGAGAGAGCAUCCCGAGCAGAGGCCAAUCGAAGGGCUGAAACCCUAUCAUUGCAGCUUCAAUCUACUCAAAGCAAGCUGGAUUUACUCCAGCAGGAUUUCACUUCUGCUCGGCUGAUUGAAACUGCACAGGACAGUAAAUUGAGGACUGCUUCCCGGCAAAAACGUUCAAGGCCCGACGAUUAUGAAUGGGAAUCUGUUCAGGAUAUGGAUAUUGAUGAGAAUAUAGUUAGAGAGAGAAAAAGAUCAAAGAGCACAGCCACAAGUAGCCCUUUCAAAAACAUACAGGUGAUGGAAGGUGGUGGUUCAGAUAUCAAUACUGUUGAAGAGGCCAACCAAAGUCAGGGAUUGCUAGACUAUACAAAGUUUACUGUGGUAAAACUCAGACAAGAGAUCACAAAACAUGGUUUUGGUGCUGAUUUGCUUCAGCUGAAGAGUGCCACUAAGAAAGAUGUUCUCAAUCUAUACGAGAAACGUGUCCUUGGAAUGUAGUCCCCUAUUUCAUUCUCUCUCUGUCCAGCUUUCUUUCUGUGUGUACAGAAUUCGUCCUUUGGCCAUUGAGUGUGUGUAUCUUUACCAUCAACAAACUUAUAAAGCGAGGAGUUUGAUUUUGAUUCUGAGUAUUGUACAAAUGUUGUUGAUUGAUCUAGGUUUUUUCUGUAUAGGUUGUUAUGCAGACAAGUAGUGUAUGUGUUUGAAAAAUACCAAAAAUGUAGAAAUUUGGUCUUUCACUGAUCCGACUCUGUGAUGAGUUUCUUACUACUUUCUUUCUUACUGUGGGCAAGUUCGCCACAAAUUGCAGUCGUUGAAAAUAUAUAGAGAAGGAUACAUUAAAAUUAGAUCUUUAUUUUGAAUGUAAUUAAAGAACCAA